CAGGAAGAGGGGGAGUCAGCUCUGAGGAGGGGGAAGGAGGCUGGCGGCUGGCGACUGGCGUCCGACCUCAUUGCUGGCGUCUUCAAUCUGGGCACCAUGUUCCUUGCGGGGUCCCCCAGCCACACCCUCCGCCGGCUCCCCAUGCUGCGCUUACUGCUGCUUCUACAGACCUUGGAGAGGGGGCUGGGCCGUGCCAGCCCCGCCGGAGCCCCCUUGGAAGAUGUGGUCAUCGAGAGAUACCAUAUCCCCAGGGCCUGUCCCCGAGAGGUGCAGAUGGGGGAUUUUGUGCGUUACCACUACAAUGGCACUUUCGAAGAUGGGAAGAAGUUUGACUCUAGCUAUGACCGCAACACCCUGGUGGCCAUCGUUGUGGGUGUAGGCCGCCUCAUCACUGGCAUGGACAGAGGUCUCAUGGGCAUGUGUGUCAACGAGCGCCGGCGCCUCAUUGUGCCUCCCCACCUGGGCUACGGCAGCAUUGGUGUGGCGGGCCUCAUUCCCCCUGACGCCACCCUCUAUUUUGACGUGGUCCUGCUGGAUGUGUGGAACAAGGCUGACACGGUGCAAGUGACCAUCCUCCUGCGGCCCCCUCACUGCCCCCGAAUGGUGCAGAACAGCGACUUUGUGCGCUACCACUACAACGGCACCCUGCUUGAUGGCACCGCCUUUGACAACAGCUACAGUCGGGGAGGCACCUACGACACCUACAUCGGCUCUGGUUGGCUGAUUAAAGGCAUGGACCAAGGACUGCUGGGCAUGUGUCCUGGAGAGAAAAGAAAGAUCAUUAUUCCUCCCUUCCUGGCUUAUGGGGAGAAAGGCUACGGGACUGUGAUACCCCCGCAGGCCUCCCUGGUCUUCAAUGUCCUGCUGAUUGAUGUCCACAACCCGAAGGACACGGUCCAGCUGGAGACGCUGGAGCUGCCCCAGGGCUGUGUCCGGCGAGCGGUGGCAGGGGAUUUCAUGCGUUACCACUACAAUGGCUCUUUAAUGGAUGGUACCCUCUUUGAUUCCAGCUACUCCCGCAACCACACCUACAAUACCUAUGUUGGGCAGGGUUACAUCAUCCCUGGGAUGGACCAGGGGCUGCAGGGCGCAUGCAUAGGGGAGCGAAGGAGGAUUACUGUGCCCCCUCACCUUGCCUACGGGGAGAAUGGGACAGGAGACAAGAUCCCUGGCUCGGCUGUGCUCAUCUUUGACGUGCAUGUCAUUGACUUCCACAACCCUGCGGAUCCUGUGGAAAUCAGGACGCUCUUCCGGCCACCUGAGGGCUGCAACGAGACAUCUAAGACUGGGGAUUUCAUUCGCUACCAUUACAACUGCUCUCUUCUGGAUGGCACCAGGCUCUUUUCUUCCUACGACUAUGAGGCCCCUCAAGAGGCCACCCUUGGCAAUAACAAAGUGAUUGAAGGUCUGGACAGGGGCCUGCAGGGCAUGUGUGUGGGAGAGAGGAGGCAGCUCACUGUGCCCCCACACCUGGCCCACGGGGAGAGUGGAGCCCGGGGUGUCCCGGGCAGUGCUGUCCUGCUCUUUGAGGUGGAGCUGGUAUCGCGAGAGGACGGCCUGCCCACAGGUUACCUGUUUGUGUGGCACCAGGAUCCUCCUACCAGCCUGUUUGAAGACAUGGAUCUCAAUAAAGAUGGAGAGGUGCCCGCAGAAGAGUUCUCCUCCUUCAUCCGUGCUCAAGUGAAUGAAGGCAAAGGGCGCCUCAUGCCCGGGCAAGACCCUGACAAAACCAUAAGAGACAUGUUUCAGAAUCAGGACCGCAACCAGGAUGGCAAGAUCACCGCUGAGGAACUCAAGCUGAAGUCCGACGAGGACCAGGAACGGAUCCAUGAGGAGCUCUGAGGGCCAGAGUCUCAGUCCUGACCUCAGAUGCAAAGGUCCUCCACUGGGGGACAGUGGCCGUGGAGCUGGCCGGCCAACAGCCCCCCUCCCUCAGUGGGGAUAACUGUGGGAGUCCCUGAAUGUCAUCAGAGACAGCUGUGACCUUCCCACUGGCUGCGGCUCCCAGUCCACAGCACAGACCUCUGCAUUUUUCUCUUCCCACCCUUACGCCUCUUCCUUAAGGUUCUUGGCGUGAUAAAUCCAGUUUGGGGGGGUGGGCAGUGGUGUAUGGUUAGGGGCCGUUGCUGACUCCACACACCCAUACCUCCUGUCCACAUCACUACACUCAGCAAGGCUGAGCUCCUCGGUCCCUCACUUUCCAAAUGUGCCCUUUAUUUGUACUGCCCUGCCCCGUCUCCCUGCCCAUGUCUGUCCCCUCUCCCUAUGUCAUGGCAGCUCCCCGGGGGCAUGAGUGAGGAGACUUGCAUUCUCCUGCAUCAGCUCUGCCUGCUCCUCAGGAAGGGGUGGCUCCGGGCACACAGUCCUGCCACUGGGGUCAGGCCUUCUGACCUUCUCUCUUAGAGAGAGCUUUCUCUGAAGGGAAAGGUUUUGUGAGAGGAAGCCUGCUCGGGCUUCAGGGCUGUGCACACCUGCACAUGGUGCUACUUUGAUGGGAGGUACGCAGAGUUCUGAACUCUGGAAGGCUAAACUGAUCCGAUCCCUUUGUGUCAAUAAAAGGUUAGACUGAA